AGUCAGGCCCGCUCCUACAGGACCGUCAUCCACAGGCAGGACGCAAACGCGGUCGCCCACUUCAAUCCUGACUCCCAUUUACCCACAAAUCCGACACUUGGUGGACAUCUUUAGUUUGGUCCGGCACUUCCGGUGAGCCUCCCAGGGCGUCGGAGCGGAAGCGGCGGCGGCGGCGGCUGCUGUGAGCGGAGAGGGUCGGCUGGCUCCCAUCCUAACGUUCUCUGGGCGAAGCGGCAUCUGCGAGGCAGGGGUGUCCAUCAUGUUCUCCUUCAACAUGUUCGACCACCCAAUUCCCCGGGUCUUCCAGAACCGCUUCUCCACGCAGUACCGCUGCUUCUCCGUGUCCAUGCUCGCAGGGCCUAAUGACAGUAAUUAUGCCGCCCUCAGCCCUCGAUCAACUCAGCCGACUCAACAUCACCUACCCCAUGCUGUUCAAACUGACCAACAAGAACUCGGACCGCAUGACGCACUGCGGUGUGCUGGAGUUUGUGGCUGAUGAGGGCAUCUGCUACCUCCCACACUGGAUGAUGCAGAAUUUGCUGUUGGAAGAAGGGGGCUUGGUUCAGGUGGAGAGUGUCAACCUUCAAGUGGCCACGUACUCCAAAUUCCAGCCUCAGAGCCCUGACUUCCUGGACAUCACCAACCCCAAAGCAGUAUUAGAAAACGCCUUGAGAAACUUUGCCUGUCUGACCACGGGGGAUGUGAUUGCCAUCAACUACAAUGAGAAGAUCUAUGAACUGCGGGUGAUGGAGACGAAGCCUGAUAAGGCCGUGUCCAUCAUUGAGUGUGACAUGAACGUGGACUUCGAUGCCCCACUGGGCUAUAAGGAGCCUGAAAGACAAGUCCAGCAUGAGGAGUCCGCCGAGGGUGAAGCUGACCACAGCGGCUAUGCUGGAGAGCUGGGCUUCCGUGCCUUCUCCGGCUCCGGGAAUAGACUGGACGGGAAGAAGAAAGGUGUAGAACCCAGCCCCUCCCCAAUCAAGCCUGGAGACAUUAAAAGAGGAAUUCCCAAUUAUGAAUUUAAACUUGGUAAGAUCACUUUCAUCAGAAAUUCACGUCCACUGGUCAAAAAGGUUGAAGAGGAUGAAGCUGGAGGCAGAUUCGUCGCUUUCUCUGGAGAAGGACAGUCGUUGCGUAAAAAGGGAAGAAAGCCAUAAGUUGGGACUGUUGGCUGAUUGGAAAAUAAAAUAAUCAAUUGCAACAUAA